GCUGACGGAGUUGGGAGUGUUUUCGCGUUCGUUCGUUUUUUGCUCCUCGCUCCGUUUUCUGGCCACCACACAUCAGAUGGUGUAUUCCCUUUUGGUCGAACUGACUGGCAGUAGUGGAAGAAGUGAAGGCAGCAAGUGCCGUGUGUAUAUCGGAACGGGACGGUGUAAUCGGCUGCUGCGUGCGUCCGAGCAAGAAGGCCUGUAACAUAUUUGGCAGAUUAUUGUUCUGCUAGCGCCGAGUGGUUUGAAAAUAAAGAGAUGAAGAACGCAAUUGAUUAGCGGACCGUCGGACGGGUGGCCGCGACCACCAGAGCAAAGUUUGACCUUUUCGGAAGGGGUUCUUUUUUCUGCUCUCUGCUCCAUCAUCUUGUGCAGAUUGCACUCCGCCGGGUUGGGUCGCAGAAUAGUGUGAUAAUUUCAGCCCCCUGCUAUGACGUCAUGAAACUGUGGCCAGCAUCAUUCUGCAAAAACCAAAACAAUGAAGAAGAAUGGCUAACAAAAAUCUGGAUAUUACAAACUACUUGUUUAUUCAGUACCCUUUAAAGCACUUCCCCGCAAAUUAUCGAUCAGAAUAUCAUCACUACGAUAAGGAAAUUAAGAUUUUACUCGAAUUGAAAUGCUCGAAUGUUUGUUUACCGUACUUUGAGCGCUCUGAUUGCCCACCAAAUGCCCAAGAUGUUGGCCACGCUAGCACUUGCUGGAGCGCCCUAUCCUUGCCACCGGGCUGGAUAAUUUAACCAGUGAACUAUUGACAGUUCCCCGACACCCGUUGAGAGGAAGGUGUAUGUGCGUGCUUCUUGUGGCCGUCGAGAAAUGUGUCGCCGAGGUGAAAAUCGUGUGCCAGUUUGCCAAUGCGCUAGAGUGGGAUAGAAUCGAAUAUUUUCCCGAGACAAGCAAGCAUUUCUUUUUUUCUCCUUUUUCUGAUGGACCCACUGGCUAGCAGCAGCAGCAAAGCAAACGAACUAGUGAAUGUGAUUCAGAUUCGAUCUCGCUGACCGUCGUGGCGCCGUCGUUCGGAUUGAGUCCAAAAAAUAAAAAAAAUAAGGUAGCUCUAAUGCAAGUUCAGUGAAAGAAGGUGCAGCAAUAAAACCAUUUAAAUUUGGCACUGAUUUGAUCCAGGGGAAGGUUGGAAAGGUGUCAGUAGUGUUACGGUAUUUUCUAAUCCCAAGUCUUCGUCUCGCCGUCCAUCAGUACACGUACCUGUGUGUGGUGUUGACGGUGAGGUACGCAUACAAACGCGGAAGCUCCCAUCGUUUGACGUUUCGCUUUGGUACGCGGUUCGUGGUCGCGAAACCGUGCAGAAGGGUUGACGACAUCGGCAUAGAAUAUUGUUUUGUGCCAUUUCAAAGCCCUCGAAUAGGGUAAGGUGUUGUGAGUGGUGUGGGAGAGAAGAUGUGCCAAGUGAUAACCAAAAGUUGAACUAAAGCAAAAAGGCAGUGCGAGAGAGAGAAUCGACGAAUUGUAAUAUACCAAUGCACAGAGGGCAGAAUUAGGUGAAGAGGAAGAGCCGAGGAUAAUCGACGACGGAACGACCGAACAGGUCGACCAGUGGCGGUUGUGGUGAUUGCGGUGGUGUGCGUGUACUAUUUACUUUGGCUCCGACGUCGUUCGUCGCGUCGUGCGAUGCGUUCGUGUUGAAUGUUUUCUUUCCUUGCUUCUGUGUUCCGUGGUUCCCCCGUCGGUGAUUCGUUGUUAUUUACGAUUGUGACGGAGCAAGUGAGCUUCCGAGAGCUGAUUUAGAACCGUGUGCUCCAUUGUUUAUGAAUCGAGUUGACACCUGGAAGAGUGGAGGAGUCCCCCCGAGCGGUAGCCGUUUCGAUAAGAAGAUGACUUCUCACUUCAAGCAUCAUGAUGAGGAAACAUUCCAAGAUGUAAUCUUUCAACGGACGGGGAAGAAAUUGCUUCGAUUAUCAUAGCAAAACCAAACGGAAAACAAAUGCUAGAGCUUACCACUCUUAAUAGGAAGUUUGUCACCGGAAUACGAUCAGGAAGAAGGAAGAGGUGGACCCACACACACAGGUUCAUUUAAAACAAAUAAAUAAACGAAACAAAAUUUCCAAGCUGACAUGAACUGAAACUGCAAUGAAAAAUCCGGUUGGAAGUGAAAUACGCUUUUUCUUCCUCUCAAGAUUCCUCUUCGCAACGAAAUCGCUUCGUUUGCCCGUUGUCUCUGGGAAUCGGGCGGUGUAGGAUGUCUGCUGCAGAAGCUGCUCCAUCAACCAAUGCCGCGUUGGCACGCUAAGAAUGCGGAGCUAGCUGUCAUUAAAGUUUGUACCGAUGUCAAAUUCAGCUCGAAUCUAAAAACCAAAACUUUGGAAUGGUCCUCGACGCGACGGAAGUGCCUUCUCCUCACGAUGAGUAAAUAAUAUGUUGCAGCUUGGGCUUUCGAUUCGGGACAGGAGCAGGAUGAGCAAUGAGCCGUUUCGGUGCGGUUGAGUUGGCCGUUUAAUGGCAAUCUAUGGUGGAACUUCGGAUGGACUGGUUUUUUUUCCUCACUCAAAUAAGGUGAUCGUGAUUGACGAUCCUUGGCUCCCGUUACGCUUGAAAACUUAUCGGGUGCUAAUUGAUCCCGCCUCGGCAAGAAAAACAAGCUUCGAUAGAAUCGCUCCCCUCAAUCGGGCCAGAUGCGUUGUGGCCGUUGGAAGCAACGCAAAAAUACUGAUUAUAAUCGAAUCGAAAGUUCCCCACUCUCUGAGUUGGGUUUGAGUUAAGUAGAAAAAGUGAUUUAAUAAGGCUCCGUUAGAGCAGUUGACAAAGUUUCCUCGACUUUGUUCUAAUCAAUGAGCCCCGUUCCGCUGGCAGCUCUCGCACCUGUCGAUUACCAGAAUGAAGUCUGAGGUAGUAGCGGGAGGAACGCAAUCCCGAGCGGCAACGAUGCUGGAAUGUGAUGUUAGAUGGACAGAUAGUGGGAAGAUAGUGAGCUGUGGUGGUAGCUACGAAACCGACCGACGAAAAAGUGCCAAAUUUAGCAACGACCAUAACGAUGAUGAAGGAGCGCUGAGCCCGCCGCCAGCUGAGGCCCGGUUCAUUGCCACCACAACGACACCAUUCCAGUCCUGCGUGCACAACCGGAGCGAUCGCGGGGUGCCGUGCGGGAGCACAACACCGGCAGCAGUCAGCCGCAGUAGGCUUUCCUCCCCCGCAGCAGCACGGUGGCACCGAUAUCAGCCGGUAGUGUUACUGUACAUAGUAGCGGUAGUGUUAGUAGGUGCAAUUCCCGUGGUAUACUGUGAUGCAGCUAGUAGUGGUAAGAGCGACAGUGGCAGUAAUAGUAGUAGUAAUAGUACUAGGCAAAUUAGUUCCAAUGUCGUGGUGGAUCCGGCGGACCGUGCGAGUCAGUGCAUCACCGAGGACCACUACGAAGGCAGCGGACACUAUACACAUCACUGGGCUGUGCACAUUCCGAGCGGAGACGAGCGGAUGGUGGAACAGGUGGCCGAGGAGCACGGGUUCAUCAAUCUGGGCAAGAUUCUCGACGAAUACUACCACUUCGAGCACCGACACGUGCAGAAACGAUCGGUGAACCCCUCAGCACAUCACCAACGGCGGCUGGACACGGACCAUCGAGUUCGGUGGGCGAAACAACAGCGGGCGAAAAGUCGCUCGAAGCGUGACUUUCGGCCCCUCAAGGGGUCCUACCUGAUACAGCUCAAUGAUCCCAAGUGGCCAGAAAUGUGGUACCUGAAUCGAGGAAAUGGUCUAGACAUGAAUGUGAUACCAGCCUGGAAGGAGGGCGUGACGGGGAAAGGUGUUGUGGUGACCAUUCUGGACGAUGGUCUCGAAUCGGACCAUCCCGAUUUGGAACAUAAUUAUGACCCCAAGGCGUCAUACGACGUCAACGGCAACGACGGUGAUCCGAUGCCGCACUACGAUCUGACGGAUUCGAAUCGACACGGGACGCGGUGCGCCGGGGAGGUGGCCGCCACAGCCAACAACUCCAAGUGCGCGGUCGGCAUAGCGUACGGGGCCCGUGUGGGCGGUGUCCGGAUGCUGGACGGUGACGUGACGGACGUGGUGGAAGCCAAAUCGUUGGGACUUAACUCACAGCACAUCGACAUCUACAGUGCUUCGUGGGGUCCGGAUGACGAUGGGAAAACCGUCGACGGUCCGGGCGAUAUGGCAACGCGUGCCUUCAUCGAGGGUGUCCGAAAGGGCCGGGGCGGCCGGGGUUCCAUUUUCAUCUGGGCUUCGGGAAACGGCGGCAGGGAGCACGACAAUUGCAACUGUGAUGGCUACACGAACUCGAUCUGGACUCUGUCGAUUUCGAGUGCGUCCCAGGAGGGAUUAGUGCCUUGGUUUUCGGAAAUGUGCAGCUCAACGCUGGCGACCACCUACAGCAGCGGGAACACAAACGAGAAACAGGUGAUCACUACGGAUUUGCAUCAUUCCUGUACAACGUCGCAUACGGGAACCUCGGCCUCGGCACCGCUUGCCGCCGGCAUAGCAGCACUGGUGCUGGAAGCGAACCGGAAUCUAACGUGGCGCGAUAUGCAACACAUAGUUGUUCGUACGGCGAAGCCCGGAAAUCUGAAAGAUCCAACAUGGUCAAAAAACGGUGUCGGUCGACCGGUGUCCCACUCGUUCGGCUACGGACUGAUGGAUGCUGCUGCCAUGGUAAAGCUGGCACGUACCUGGAGAACCGUGCCGGAACAACAGGUCUGCGAAAUAAACGCACCUCAUCUGGACAAACAAAUUCCACCCCGCACGAAAGUCACGCUCCAGCUGACGGUGGAACACUGCAUGGGCGUGAACUAUCUGGAACACGUACAGGCGAAAAUCACACUCACCUCUCAGCGGCGGGGCGAUAUUCAAAUCUUCCUCACAUCGCCGUCUGGCACCCGAGUCACCCUGCUGACACCCAGGUCUCACGAUUUAUCUCGUUCCGGUUUCAAUCAGUGGCCGUUCAUGUCGGUGCACACAUGGGGCGAGGCACCGCACGGGACCUGGCAGCUCGAGAUCCACAACGAGGGGCGUUUAUUAGGAUACUCGCUGAUUCGCGGUUGGUCGUUGAUUUUGUACGGAACCAACCUUCCGCCGGAUCCGAACGAUCCACCGAACGUACCGCGGGUCUCCACGGCGUCACCGAUGCUGCCACCCAUCAUACCGGCUUCGGGAUUCAAUCCCUAUUCUGUCGGUGGUUCGAAGAGUUUCUACGCUACCGGCUCCCUCGGAAAACCCAACCGGAAACAGCAGAUGCAAUACGCAACCUACACCCCGACCGCACAGUUCGGAAUGACUCCUGGCUAUCAGGCUCCGCCGGUGACACCCACCCGGAAGAACAACAAAAAUAAAAACAAAUCCAAUAAAAAUUCCUCGAAAACGACCACCGCCCGACCCAUCAGUCAAACUACUUUGAAUGUGUUUUUGAAUUCGUACGGAAGUGGGAAAAAGUACGAGUACAACACGGGGAAUAGGAAAAAUCAAACCCCAAAACCGAAACCGGCCAUGCAAACCAUCAACUACGGGAAAAGUGAUAAGUACCAUGCUGCCACUUCACACAUCUACGAAAAACAGAUCGCAAUCAAGGCCCCCAAACAGGUGAAGGAUAACAACGCUCAAAUCCCUCCCCGGUUGUCCUCACGCAAACCAAUCACGACAACCUCCACCACGGCCCUUCCAUCCACGUUGGUGGCCGGCAAUGGUAGCCAAACGGCAGGAACAACGACGGUUCUAACGACACAAAAUCCCGCCCAAACCGAACGGUUCUCCUCGACCAACGCUCGAAUCCCGAAACUGUUCCAACAGUACGAAAAAAUCCAACAAUUCUAUCCCGAACUGAAACCAUACUCCUCAAUCCGGGACGAUCUGGACCGACCGAAAGCGGGAUCGAGCGGGGUUCAGCAGCAGCAACAACAACAACAACAGCUACUACAAUCGAAGACGUCUUCCUACUCGGUCGCCGGAUCGGCGGGAUCCGUCGGAACGUCGAACGUCGUAACGAACGGGAAACCGUCGCGAGCGAACACGAAAAUCUUCUUCCCAGAUACCGACAUCAUCGAUGCCAUCGGACCGCGCAAGAUCGCGUCCAGUCUGCAGCCGAUUCAGCCGUUCUACGGCCGCACACAUGCGUCCCAGUUCGUGUCCAGUGGACCGAAAAGCGGAAAGGCACAAAUAACUCAGUGGAAUCUGAUAUUCUACGGCACGGAAACGCCGGCCCAGCCGAACGACCCGAUACGCCUGGGCAAACCCGGAUUCAGUGAUAGCAACUACGGCGGUGAAAUUGAGCACAACUCACUGGAAUUUGACAACGGCAUUAGUAAUGACCAGUGGCGAAACAUGCAACAGAUUGGCGAGAGCCACGUGGACGUCCAGCGAACCGCUUCCAACGAUGUGACGAGUGUGGCCUGCGUCAGUUACUCCUUGGCGCGCUGCAUAGAGUGCGGUGCAGCGUCGUACUUUUACAAUGGCCGUUGCUAUUCGUCCUGUCCGGCCAGCACGUUCCCAUCAAAUUAUCAAACGGGCCGAGAGAAUGCAAUUGUUGAACAGAACCCACUACCGUUUGGUUCACUACGACGGCGACGACGACAACAGCAACAACAACGACGACGAAGUCGAAGUAGGCGAAAUCCGACUGCUGCUCGGUUCCCCAAUGGCAGUGUCAAUGAUUUCAACAAUUUAGACAACAUUCUGCUGGCGGCACAACCACAAAAACGUGACACUCAGAUGCAACCCCAACAGCACUGCAUUCCGUGCAAUCCGACAUGCCUGAAAUGCAUUGGUCCAGCGGAUUACCACUGCAGUGAGUGCCAGUCGGGAUUCGGUUUCACAGACGUGACCAUUUCUCCCAACCACCAGCAACGUUGCGUCUCCAUCAACUCGAAACGUAAGCCAGUAUCGAAACCGGCAUCUCCUGACCUAAACGGAACAAAUAAAUCCCAGACUAAUGCCACAUCAUCCGCCUCGGACCAACAGCAGCACGAUAAGAGCUGGUUAUUGACCGACUACCUCAUUAUGAUAACUGUCGUUGGUGUGACACUGCUAGUGGCAUUCGUGGUCAUCUAUUUCCUCUGGAUGCGAUGUUUCCGGGGGGUCCUAUUGGCACAUCCAGGCAGCAGUUUGGCAGCCGGUAUCAGCGGCGACUACCAGUACAAUCGAGUUCAAACGUCAGAAACUGAGGCAGGCGAACCGUCCUACGCUCAGCUGAUUCGGGACGAGAUCGAUGAGAUUCUUGCCGAAAGUAGUAGUGACGACGAGACGACUGCUGCGUUUCUGUCGAGUGGAAUAAUUGCUCCGGUGGAACGAUGAUGAUUGGGUGUCUUUUCCACUUCAACUGAUCUUAAUUACCGUUAUUUCUUUGCAUUAUGCGCGCUAGAGAGGUAAGUUAAAGGUGUUUUUAUUCCCAGCAGCAGCUGAACACAAAUUAGUCAACAUGGAAAGCAGAAGAUAAAAUACAAACAAGCGAUCCAUUAGGGUAGGGUCUCUUCAAUGAUCACUUAACGAACAAAUUUUACAUGUAAACAAUAAACUAAUUAGUGACAUUUUAAUAAA